CCCGCGCCGCCGUCCCUCGCCUGACGCACGGAGGGGCCGGGACGCGAUUUGCCGCGAGUGACUGGAGCCGCCGCCGCCCAGGCCCGCUCCGCCCCCAGCCCGCCUUCCUCCCGCCUCGCCCUCCGCCUCCGCCCGCGCCUGCCUCGCGUCCCCGCGUCCUCCCUACCGCCCCGGAGCCGUCGGCCGACAGCGCCCGCGCCAGCGCCAGCCAGAGAUCACCCGAGAAGUUGGAAGUACUGUUGAGGGAGUAACUCGAUAGCAGCUGUUUGACAGGAUCAUGCUGGACACUGCGGUUUUUAACUUUGGGUGACAUUUAAGAAAUGAGUGCAGCCUGGUGAAGGGAAGCACAGGUGUUGGAGCCAGGGUAAGUCUGGCUUAGCACAGUGCCUGGCCCUCGUUAAUCAUCUCACAGAAGAGGAAUUCCAAAGUCGCCUCUGUGGUUCUCUUGUGGAUUCUACAGAUCGCAUGAUCUGCCAAGUGAGAUGUGUGUGCUCGCGUCAGGAGCCAUCUAAAUAUUGCAAGAAAGAUCUUGGAGCUGUAAGGUCAAAGAAUAUGAUACUUAAUUGAUUCUUCACCUAAGAGAUCUGCCUGGUCUUCUGACCAACUACGACUGUCCAUACAUCAGGGAAGGCAUGUUGUGGACAUAAACUUUGCUUUUCUUGAAGUGAGGAAGUUUACUGGAGUAAAAUGGAGGCCGCAGUGAUAUUACCCAUUCUGAAGAAAAAACUCGCCUUCCUUUCAGGAGGAAAGGACAGACGAAGUGGCCUCAUUCUGACAAUUCCAUUAUGUCUCGAACAGACAAAUAUGGAUGAGCUGAGUGUCACCUUAGACUACCUACUCAGCAUUCCAAGUGAAAAGUGUAAGGCUAGAGGAUUUACAGUGAUUGUGGAUGGCAGAAAAUCACAGUGGAAUGUGGUGAAAACAGUAGUCUUAAUGCUACAGAACGUUGUUCCAGCUGAGGUGUCCCUUGUUUGUGUAGUGAAGCCAGAUGAAUUCUGGGAUAAGAAAGUAACACAUUUUUGUUUUUGGAAAGAAAAGGAUAGACUUGGCUUUGAGGUUAUUUUAGUGUCUGCCAAUAAAUUGACUCGUUAUAUAGAACCAAGCCAGUUAACAGAAGAUUUUGGUGGGAGUCUCACCUAUGAUCACAUGGACUGGUUAAAUAAGAGGCUGGUUUUUGAGAAGUUUACAAAGGAAUCUACAUCUUUAUUAGAUGAACUUGCUUUGAUUAACAAUGGAAGUGAUAAAGGAAAUCAGCAAGAGAAAGAAAGGUCUGUGGAUUUAAACUUUCUCCCAUCAGUUGAUCCUGAAACAGUUCUGCAGACAGGGCAUGAAUUGUUAUCCGAAUUACAGCAGCGUCGAUUUAAUGGCUCAGAUGGAGGGGUCUCAUGGUCUCCUAUGGAUGAUGAACUGCUUGCACAGCCACAGGUUAUGAAAUUAUUAGAUUCACUGCGAGAGCAAUAUACCCGCUACCAGGAAGUUUGUAGGCAACGUAGUAAGCGUACACAGCUAGAAGAGAUUCAGCAGAAGGUGAUGCAGGUUGUGAACUGGCUUGAAGGGCCUGGAUCAGAACAGCUAAGAGCCCAGUGCGGGAUUGGAGACUCCAUCCGGGCUUCCCAAGCCCUGCAGCAGAAGCACGAGGAGAUCGAGAGCCAGCAUAGUGAAUGGUUUGCAGUAUAUGUGGAACUUAAUCAGCAAAUUGCAGCACUCUUAAAUGCCGGGGAUGAGGAAGAUCUUGUGGAACUGAAGUCGCUGCAGCAACAGCUGAGUGAUGUUUGUUAUCGACAGGCCAGUCAGCUGGAAUUUAGGCAGAAUCUCUUACAAGCAGCUCUUGAAUUUCAUGGCGUUGCCCAAGAUUUGUCUCAGCAGUUGGAUGGCUUAUUAGGGAUGUUGUGCGUAGAUGUAGCACCAGCUGAUGGAGCAUCGAUUCAGCAAACUUUAAAACUGCUUGAAGAGAAGCUGAAAAGUGUUGACGUUGGAUUGCAAGGUUUGCGUGAAAAAGGUCAAGGUCUCCUGGAUCAGAUCUCCAAUCAGGCAUCCUGGGCCUAUGGAAAAGAUGUAACCAUUGAAAAUAAGGAAAAUGUGGACCACAUACAAGGAGUGAUGGAAGACAUGCAGCUUAGGAAACAAAGAUGUGAAGACAUGGUAGAUGUGCGAAGGUUAAAGAUGCUUCAGAUGGUGCAGUUAUUUAAAUGUGAAGAAGAUGCUGCCCAGGCAGUAGAAUGGCUAAGUGAACUUCUGGAUGCUCUGCUUAAGACCCACAUCAGAUUGGGCGAUGAUGCUCAGGAAACGAAAGUUUUACUGGAAAAGCAUAGAAAAUUUGUUGAUGUUGCACAGAGCACUUAUGACUAUGGAAGGCAGCUGCUACAGGCCACAGUUGUGUUGUGCCAGUCUUUGCGCUGUACUUCUCGAUCAUCUGGGGAUACACUUCCUCGACUGAACAGAGUGUGGAAACAGUUUACAAUAGCAUCUGAAGAGAGAGUGCAUAGGCUGGAAAUGGCUAUUGCAUUUCACUCAAAUGCUGAAAAGAUUUUGCAAGACUGUCCAGAAGAGCCUGAAGCUAUUAAUGAUGAGGAGCAAUUUGAUGAAAUUGAAGCAGUUGGAAAAUCACUUUUGGAUAGAUUAACUGUUCCUGUAGUUUAUCCUGAUGGAACUGAACAAUAUUUUGGAAGUCCAAGUGACAUGGCUUCUACUGCAGAACACAUCAGAGACAGGAUGAAACUAGUCAGUCUCAAAAGGCAGCAGCUGAGACAUCCCGAAAUGAUGACCACAGAGAGCUAAUAGCUACCAGCUUCCCGCAGAUGUGCAGUUCACAAUCCCACACGGCGUCGGCAUACUACCGUAUUAGCCACGAUACGUUAAGAUGCAUUUCACAGCCAGGAUAAGCCUCAUUUAUUUCCAUUACACAUUUCUCUCUACAUGUUAACACCGUGCAACUAGCAAGGCAUAAUUAUUUAACACGCUUUGAGACCAUAGACUCCAAGUAUCUUAAAAGAAGAAACUGUAAUCGUUGCACUGAAAACUUGCUUUAAAGCUUUACCUGACCUGUCAGUUUGUAGAUGAACAACUGAUAAUAAGCUUUGAAUGGUGCUAAUAAGAGUUUAGGAAUUCCCUCUAUAAAAAAUGGUUGCCCUUCCUCCCCAGGUGAUGUGGUAAAUUUAGACUAUAGUUAAACUGUUAUUAGUAGACAGUGGUGUCCUUAAAAUUUUACUUUGUGAUUCUUCUUCAGAAUAGAUUAUUUUUAUUGUGUCAGUACGAAGAAAACCUUCAGAUCUUUGAUAUAUCAUAUUCAUUAAAAGACAUUUUCCUAUUUGUAUUGAUAAUGUAUUACAAGUUGUUUGUGCUUAAUAAAAGACUUCUUUUAAACAUCUUAUUUAAUUUGGUGGUUAUAUCCUGUUUUUAAACCUGAGUGCCUUGUUUAAAAGGGCAUUCUUAGGGUUGUGAGGAUGGUUUGAUAUUUGUUUUUUCAUGUUGGUUGCAUGUUUUAGCCAGGAAAUUCAUAUGUAAGCAUGUGUAGAUAAUAAAUAAGCAUGUUUUAUCAUGAAAAAUAAUUGUGAAGGACAAUUUAGAUCUUUAAGAACCUAUGAAUAAUGGAGUAGUACUUGUAAUUGUUCUCUUCUUCAACUUGAAAAAUAGUAUCCAAAUUGUUAACUACUCUGAAGAUACUUUGUCUUUAGUGGAGGAGGGCUGGGAAAGGAGGUAUACAUAACAAGUGUAAUCCUUUAUAUCACAGUAAUCUUUCUGGAACUAAAAUAGCAACUAUUAAUAAAAUUUGAUUUCUCAUGAUAGACUAGAAGCAAAAUUCUGAAGUAGUCUAAUAACAAACACUAUACAACUCUUUUAGAAAUAAAAUUUAUAAAUGCUAGUGCUUUUAAGUUUAUAUUAAGUUUAAAUGGUAAAAUACAUAUAAUUUAAUUUUUGUGUUAAUUUUUAUUUCAGAAAAUGUUUUUGAAAAAGAUUAAAAAUAAUUUUUUAGUCUGUGAUCAAUACAAAAUUAUGCAAAGAAUUGUAUGCUGGUUCCUUUUCAUUGUCUACAAAAAUGCUCAUGUGUCCUCCAAUGCAAAAAACUCCCUCUGAAUCUGCUGGGUUCUUCAGCCUUCUUCACUGCCAGACUUCUGGGAGAAACCCAUACCCAUUGCCCCUACAUCCUCAUUGCUCACUGCUCAGUACCUUGCAGUCUGGUUUUACACAGCACUAUAGUGAAACUGUUCUCAUUGGGCAUCCAGUUACUGAAUUGAAUGAUUUUUUUCUCAGUCUGUGUCCCUUAUCCUUCUCUGUCUCUGCAACCUUUACACCAUUGAGCAGUUUCAAUUUUUUACUCUUUUUCCUAAACAGUGUCUCCUCCCUUGAAGAUGUUAUCUUCUGCCAUAACUGUGAGUACAGUCACAUAACCCUUAUUUAAAAUGUGUCUACUAAAGUGUGCUCUCUCAGAUUUCUGUCUUCAGAAUGCUUCUAGAGGUAUCUCAUCCUUAGGGUUUCUAUUUUAUCCCAAUGUUCUCUGUUACAUAUCAGGUCCAAAAUUCUAGACCUGUACUUUCGACUACCUACUACUUGAUGUUUCAACCUAGAUGAAGUUAUUUAUCAUAGUUUUCACCUUUCUCUUUUUGUGGCAAUUUUGGUUAAGGGUGCAGCCUUUUUUCUAGUCAAACAUGCUAGAAAAUCGGGGGGGCAAGAUUCAACUGCUGCCUCUUGUCUUAUGCUGCCACUGCUGCUGAGAACAUCCAGGAAGUUCUAUAUUUGAUAAUUCUCUCAGUCUUUUAGGGCUUAACUGCUAUGAGUAUGAACUUGCGUGAUUCUUUGUUUCAGUCUUCAUGAUGGUGCUAACUAACCACAUGCUACAAUUGUUUGUUUAUCUCUGUGCCUGCUACAUUAUAAGCUCUUCCCAGGGAAGGAAUCUCGUGGGACUUCUCCUGUUCCCAGCCCUUUACUCAUGCGUAGUAGUUGUUCAGUUCCCAUGUACGUGAAUGGUCUAUUGUAGCAUCAGUACUAAUCGCUCUUAUAUUGUCGUCUUAAAUGUGUUUUAAACAUAUUUCCUAAAGUUAGGACUGACUUAUAAGUGAAUCUACUUGUAAUGAAAUCAUUUGGUAUUUUAGAUACUUAAAUAUUAGCUAAUUUAGAUAUUUAGUUAUACUCAAUAUCUAUUUCUUCUGCUGAAUUUCAGAGUAGAGUGUUUUUAUUAAGACUGUGCUAGAAAUGAACUAGAUUGUAAGUAAUGAGAUUCAGUUCUACCAUCAACUCACCUACUUAUCAUCAAAUGAGUUAAUUUUUAUAUGCCUUAAGCUAUCCUGCCUACAGCAAGAGUAAAAUAAGGCAGUAUCUGGAAAUGUUAUUUGUAAUUUUAAUAUUUCUGAUGAAGCUGAAUAUGCUUUUAACAUAAUAUUGUUGCUCUUCAUUUGUAAAUUUGUUGCUACUUUCUAUAUGUAUAUCUAUAUAUACACAUACAGUUAUGAAUGAAAACCCAACAGUGCUCUAAUGUGAUUUUUUUUUUCAUAGAGUCGUAGUUCGCUUAGAGUACAUGUGAAGGAAGUGACUGCAGUCUGUUUGAAAUCACAAGCUUUUUGUACAUCAUAAAUUGACAUUGGCCCGCAAAUGUAGCGGAGAAAGAACCAUCAUUUCUAAUUGGUAUAUGCCACAACUUUCCACAUUACUUUAGCCCAUCUCAGGGAAUUAUUGAAGUGUUGAUUGGGCUAGUUUCGUUUUGUUCUUUGGUUUGGAGGGUUUCUUUUUUUCUUUGGCUUGCUCCUUGUGUAUUUGCUCUUGUGUAAGCUCAGUAUAUGAUGGCAGUUUUGGCAUCUGUUCUUCACACAUGUCUAACCCAGAAGAGUUAUGAUGCAAAGAUGAUAACUUCAUUUCAGAUCAAAUUGGCUUUGUUCCCAGUCUUCAUUGUUGGUGACCGUAUUCUGCUAGGAUGACUCAUGGGUGGUGUUGAUGAAACUGCUCAGCCUGCCAGCUGGGAUGCUGAUGGCAGGUCGAGGCUUCAUUGCUGUGUAGAAGAUUGGAUAUUUCUCUCGCUUUGUAGGCAUUUAAAUUGGCCGUUGCUCCCAAGUGUUACUUAGUGUUAAUGUGUUUGUUGUUUGUUUCAUGACCCCUUCAGUUGACAUAUGAUGUGCUAUUUAGUUGUUUAUUAUUAUUGUUAGUCACAUACUCCUUAAUAUGAACAUGACAAUUACUUACUUUUCUGAUCGUGCUGAGCAGACCGUACUCUCAUCGUACAUAAACCCAUUGUAACCAAAGGCAUGAUCGUGAGAUGAGCCGAACCUAUGUCACUGUACAGUCUAUGUUUGGAGAAAGAAUUCAGCAUUCUCUACUAUGUUGUAAGUUCCUUGCCAGAGAGAUUGGAUGUUACUGUGUAUUUUUCCCAUCUCACAGGACCAUGGUAAAGUACUAUGGCUGCUAAAAACUAAACAUACUAUGGUUACUCAAGUCCUCCACAUCUUGAAUCUAUUGAAAACGGUACAGGCAACUAACAUCAUCAGUAAGCGUCAUCAAUGACAAGAGUUGUGUGAUUGGGGUAUCUUUGCUUAAACCCCCAAAGGAAAUAUCUCUAGGAUUAACAAGAUAAGCUGGAACGUAGCUGGACAGUUUCCUAAUUAGCAAACUUACCAGUGUUAACCUUCAGUUCUCAAAAAGCUUCAGUUGCGAGUAGAAAAUACUCUUCUGUUAUGUAGGGCAACAAAUACCUUGAUGCGGCAAAAUGAAGUAUGGAUUUAACAUCUGCCAUUAUUUGACCUCAGUGUGUGCUACAGAAAAGCCUAGGUUUAGCUUAGAAGCAUAAAUAAUGGCAAGCAUAGUAGAGGAAAAAUCAGAAAAGCCGAUAUAAGAACUGCAGUGAAUAUAAUGGAAAGAGUUUGGAGUUUGAAUACCUGACUUCAGAAUCUGGCUUUGCCAUUUAUUGACCUUGAUAAAAAUCACUAAACUCUGGGUCUGUGAAAUAGAGAAAUCAUAUCAAAUUUUAAGAAUGAAAUACAAUCGUUAGAAAAUGUGUUGAAAACUAAAAUGUUAUCCAAAAUGGAAGGUAUUAUUACUAUGAUUAUCUUUUCAAAAUAGAGCAUUCUUUAAUCCUGCUUGUGUCUCAGAUGACAGGCAAGGGGUCGUGGGGGACAUGGCAUGUUGUUUACGCUCACUGCCCUAAGCUCCAUUUCUCCUCCAUUCAGAAUUACAGACUGAAAAUGCUAAGGGUGGAGUUGGUGAGCCUGUCAGUAAAUAACAAGACUUUUGUACCUGAUAAAUUAACUUUUAUGGCAGGAUGAUAGACCAGCAAGAUGGAAGACAAGUGAGGAGUAGCAUCUGCUUGGAGAUUGACAAGACAUGACACAAUUCCGUUAAUGAGGAAGAAAGUAAAUACAAGCAAGUCGUACUCGGAGGGAGUCUUAGUGAGUCAGCCCCAACCUGUAGAAACAGGAGCACGAAUCUGUUAAGAUAUUUAUAAAGUGUCCUAGUAAUGAGGGAAAAAGCAUGACUUGAGACUCUCCUUAGUGCUGUUACGUUAGACAGAAGCAAUCUUGGUAAGCUUGGACAGUGAUAAUACCAGAAAAAGACUGGUCCUAUGCUAGAGCGUGACAGAACUAAAGAUGCUCCAUGAAGUAGCAUAAAUACAGGAGAAUCUUGAAGACUGGAAAAGGUUUAUGGAUAUGAUGCUGAAUAGCAUGACUGCGAUAUUUUAAAGCAAACUUCAAAACUUGACACUAGUCUGUGUGCUUCAAGAAAAAGCAGAGCCUGUACUAGAACAUGAAGAACUUAGAGAUCAAAGGAAAGCCAGGACUAUGACUAAAUAUUUUGAAAGCAGUGAGUAAAUUUUUAAAAGAAUCAAGGUUAUUUUUGUUAAAGAACUUGUAUGAGGCAAUGCAUAUAAUACCUAUAUAUAGUGAUAUAAGAGUUCUUAGCAAAUAACUAAAAAUAGUUACCAACUGCUAGAUAUUAAGAGCAGUGUUGUUAUGGAUUUUAAGUCAGGCAUGUGGAAAACUAUUUCUGACAAAAGGCUGUUGAAAUCUGAAGCCAUUCUUGGUGAAUCUCAAGGAGUCACCUUAGAAGUAUUUACAAGUCAAAUGCCAUUUCUUUAGGGUGUCCCCAGAUGCAUCCCUUGUCCCUUGGAGAGAGGAAGAUAAUUCAAAUGUCCUUCCACUCAGACCACAGGGGCCUGUUCACUAUGAUCAAGCCUCACGUUGUGUUUUGGGUCUACACAUCUUCUCUAUUAUAGAGAAGUUACCCUGGUUCUUUUCUAGUUUAGAAGAUUAAAAACCAUUACUAUGCUUAGUUUUUCUCUUAAAAAUGUUUCUUCAUCUUAGCUCUUACGUUAGGCUACACAGCCAACAAAUUUGCUCAGAAUACACCAGAGAUAUAUGCAUUUGUGUUUUUUUAAAUGUGUGAGGGGAUCGAAAUGUCACUUUGACAAUUUUGAGCCAGAAUAGAUUUGAGAACUGAUUGCUCACCUCACACUCAGGACUAUCCUUUCAUAAGCUCUUAAGUUUCUAAAUUGACACUGAUUGGAAGAAUUUGGUGUUUAUAUUGCCAUGAGAUCAGCAAUGAAAUUCUCAGCAGCAUUAUUUGGUAAGCAUUUCACCCUGGAGUUUUUCCCCCAAUAUUGUAUUAUAAAAAUUUUCAAACAUAAAAAGCUACAAUUUUUUGUACUCACCACCCAGAUGAUAGUGUUAACUGUACUUAUCUCAUGUCCAUCCAUCAAUUCAUCAAUCCAGAUUAUUUUUUUGGUGCAUUUUAAAUUACAAUCAUCUAUACACUUCCUACUGAAAUACUUUAGCAUACAUAUCAUUAGCUAGACUUCAACAUUUGCUUACAUUUUUUCUUUUGAUGUAAAAUUAGCAUACAAUGAAGUGCAUAAAUCUUAAGUGCGCAUCCCCUGUGUUUUGGCAAUGUAUAAGGUGCUAUCAGAAUAUAAAGUAUUAUCAGAAAAUUUCCACAAGGCUCUUUCCAGUCAAUCCUUGUCCCCACCCCCCACCCCCAAAAGCAACCACUGUUCUUUUUGUCUACCAUAAAUCAGAUUUGUCUGUUCUAGCUCUUCAUGUAAAUAGAGUCACACAGCAUGUACUCUUUCUAGAACCCUUCUUCAAUUACCAUGUUUUGGUAAUUUAUCCAUGUUGUUGGGUGUAGUAGUAGUUCACUCCUUUUUAUUGCUGAGUAGUAUUCCAUUGUAUGACUAUUUUGUAGUUUAUUUAUCCAUUUUCCUAUUUAUGAAUACAUAGGCUGUUUCCAGUAUUGGCAAUUAUAAAUAAAGCUGCUUUGAUUAUUCUUAAGAUAAGUCUUAUAUGAACAUAGGCUUUCAUUUCUCUUGGGGGAAUACCUAGGAUUAGAAUUUCUGUGUUAUAGGGUAGUUUUAAAAGAAACUGCAAUACCUUUUUCCAAUGUGGUUGUACUGUGUCCUGGAUUUUCACUAUAUUUUGGAUGUGUAGAAAGCUGUAAACUAUUUUUAUGACUCGUAUUUGAAAUAUUAGAAGUGGGUUUGGGAUGGAAAUGGGGUUGUUCACAGUUGGCAGUUGGUAUUAUUUGAGGGAAGCAAGUACCUGUCUGCCCAAAACAGCUCCUGAAGGGGUUCCUAUGCCUGAAAUUUUAACAUUAGUUUCAGUCCUUGAAAGAUUAAAGCACUUACCCAAGGCUGGUGAUGUAUUAGCUAGAAGAAACAGCACUGGUAUAUCUUUGUUACUAACUUUUGCCACCCGUUUUCAGUAGGUAAAAUAAGACUGAUAAUUAAACAGAAAAGAUUCUUUCUGUUCAGUGGGGGCAGGAGGUAUAGUAAAAAACGUGCUGCUCAUCAGUCCCAGGCCCAGCAAUGUGAGAGAGGGCCACCUGGACAGGGAAGUCCCCAAAUGGUGGUCAAGAAACCAGAAAACGGGGUGGGAAGAAUUCUACCUCACAGUUGUGCAUAGGAGAUAGCUAUGUUUUUGCAGAACAUUUUAGCCUUUAAAAAUCAUAUUUUCAGUGUUGUCUCUUUAUCCAGUACCACCCAGCUACAGUUAUUUCACACCCUAGUGACUUUCUUAACUACUGUGUUUUACCCUUCCAGUCUAUUCUGUUACAUAUAGCAGUUACUGUAUGAGCCUGUAAAAUUAUAAUCAUGUAUGUUUCCAAUGCUCGUGUUCAAAGGUAUUAAUGUAUGGUUCAUCCAAUCUUUCCUAUUCAUUUUUAAGGGCUGGGAUAUUUGGCUUCUACUGUAAAUCCUUAUAAUGUUCCAUACAUUGUAAAUGCAAUAAAAAUAUUAAAAACUAUAAUUAAUGGCAGCAGAUUUUGAUAUGUAUUUCUUUGAUAUGUUAUCACUGUGGACAAUAAGUUUGGUUUCUGUUAAUAAAGAUUGUUCAUAAAAUCUA